AUGGCGGAACACACAAAACUCAUCACGAUCGAUCCCAACGGCGACACACUGCUCAAGCUCAAGGGCAUCCGCUGGGAGCUACCGGAAUGGAUCGACGAAGCCACUCGUUUCGCACCGCCCGCCGAGACCACCGAGGCACCGCUCGAAAAUACUGCGACGGAACUUGCAGACACGAGCAAUCAGCGCAAGCACCCCGAGGAAGUACACUUCUUGGUGUCAUCACGUCAGCUCCGUCUUGUAUCCACUUACUUCGACGCCAUGUUCAAGAGAGACUUUGCCGAGAGCGUCGCCGACUCCAAGGAUGGGAAAUACCAUAUCUGGGCUACUGAGUGGAACCCUACGGCGCUGGAGCAACUUCUGAUUGUCGCGCAUGCUCGGAGCACAGGUCUGAACGACCACGUCUAUUUCAACGAAACGGUAGAGAUGGCUUUGAUAAUCGAUUACUACGACAUGCGGGAGGCGCCAUAUACUCACUUCAAGAAAUGCUUUCUUCGAUGGGGCGGCAACGACAGUUACUCAAUAGCACGUCACAGAAUCCUUGGUAGCGACGUUGUUAAGCGGAUGUUCUUGUCAUACGUGUCCCAAUCAAAUGAGGUCUUGGGGGGAGCGAUAGACAUAGCAAAGAAGCACAGCAAGGGGCCACUACAAGAUCUAGGAUUACCAUUGGGCAAUAUCCCAGAAAAGUUAGAAGCGCACCGGCAGCAAGCUAUCAAUUCAAUCAUCGACCAGUUAGACAGUUUCAUCGAACGUCUUCGCAAAGGUGAAGAAUGCUGCAGCUUCACUUGCCGAGCUUCCGUCCUGGGCUCCUUGAUACUGCUCAAGCAACCUGAUGGACUAUCGUCGGCUUUAGGAGACACCAUCUCCCCGCCUUAUUACGGCACAAGUCUCCAGGAAGCAUGUGAUGCUGUACGAGCUAUGGUGACCCGGAAACAACCUUCUGUUAUGGUUGGCAGAAUAAUCCUAGAUCAGGCAUGGAUGCCCGUAGGAGCAUGCAAGGAAUGCGACUUCAGGGGUCUCUUCGAUCAGAUUAUUAAGAAGGCCGACGAGGAUCUGAACUUCAAACUUGAUCUCACUCCGUCCAAGGUGGUUAGUUCCUCGAAAUGA